ACCUUAGUAUGCGAAGGCGCUGUUUGCUCUUUGAGAUGGCAGCAGCUAAUAGAAAGAAACCAAUUUGUGAAUCCCAGGGUAGUUCUUCGACUUCACUGUCAUCUUCCAGUGAAGUUUCUCUCACUGAAAAGCAGCUGGACCUGAGCAAUAGAAGUAUUUCCAAAUCAUCCAUAUAUUCUGGCAUCGGUUUGCACUUGAAUGCUCUUGCAACGACCCCAACUGAUGGAAAAGCUGUAAAAAGUCAGACUUUAGCUUCUGGUGUAAAAAUAAUAAGCAUACCCGGUUGCCUUCCCUCUUCUGAUUCUUCAAGAACUUCAAGCUCCAAGGAAAGAGAUUUGGUCAUCUCUGACGGUGAAGCUACAGAAAAUGCUUCUAACACUCAUAUAGAUGCUGGUGGUGAAGAAUUUGAAAAUGAAAAUUCAAAGAGGAAAAGGUGCCAGAUACUUAAUGGAGGAGGUGAGACCUGCAAGCGCUGUAACUGUAGGCGGUCAAAAUGCUUGAAGCUCUAUUGUGAAUGCUUUGCUGCUGGUUUAUACUGUAUUGAGCCUUGUUCAUGUCAAGAUUGCUUUAACAAGCCCAUUCAUGAAGAUACAGUUCUGGAGACUCGCAGACAAAUCGAAUCUCGCAAUCCACUUGCAUUUGCUCCAAAAGUGAUAAGAAAUACUGAUGCGUCAGAAGUUGGGGAUGAGAACAAAACUCCGGCAUCAGCCAGGCAUAAGAGAGGAUGUAACUGCAAAAAAUCAAGUUGCCUAAAGAAAUAUUGUGAAUGCUUUCAGGGUGGUGUUGGAUGCUCCAUCAGCUGCAGAUGUGAAGGAUGUAGAAACACUUUCGGUCAGAAGGAUGGAUCUGAUCAACCUGAGGUCAAUGAGGAAGAUUCAGAAGAGCUUGAAAGGAGUAUAUCUGAACUAGAUUCACAUGAUAGCUUAGUCAAGAAAAAUGAAGAGUAUCCGUACUCGGUACAUUCUUCUGAAAUUGUCAGGGGGAAGCGACCAGUUCAUCCUGGCAGUGAAGUUGGCCCACCUUCCCGGCUCCGUGCUCGUUCUAGACUUGGAACACCAGAUCUUUUUCAACAGCAACCGAAGUUUGAAUCCAAUCUUCAGGCAAUUCCAGAAAAUGGAACCUCAGAUGGCAACCUUCAUGCAUCCUCUACUGCCGUGAACUAUACUUCUCCAAACAGCAAGAGGGUCUCAGUUUCACCUCCUCAUCAUCAGGAGUUGAGGGCUUCAAUUUCUCAGAAUGGAACUAGGAAGCUGAUUCUGAGAUGUACCCCGCUGUUCUCCUCGCGCUUGCAACCAUGAACAUAGAACGAUGAGCUGAAAUUCAUUACCUUCAUAAUGCACGAGCACCCAUGUUUAAUUGCGCAGGAAGUUAAGCCGGUUAGAGGUAUCCUGGCGAUGAGUAAUAAUCUGCUUCCGCUACUGGCGUCCAACUAAAGGUACCCCUCGACUCCCAUAAAAGAAUAUGCUCUUAUCUGUUAGCUUUCUGUGAGUUUUGAUAUUCAACUUGAAAUGAGUAAUUAGGUUGAAAGCACUUGUAAUAUAAGCAAGCAUUGAGGAUCAGGUUUACUGUAUCUAAAGUUGAUGCUCCAGUUUUUGUUUUGGCUUUGUGUCUUCUCUCCUACUAUGCUUGAAUGCUUGUAGGUGUUUUGUGAAUCAAGUGAAUUGACAUUUUGUAUAUCUUUGUGUUUUGUGAAUCAAGUGAGGAUUCUUGAAGCUCA